AGCUCAGGGGAUACAACAAUCCCCUGUCCUCCCUUCCACUCUCAUUGUUUAUUGUAUUUUUGAUGCCGGUUUGUGCUUGUCUGCUAUUGUUACACAUAAUUGAGCCUUUUCUGUAUUGGUUUUCCUCCAAAAUGUCGAUCUCCAAGACAUCCGAGUACCUGGUGAACCGUCACCCACUCCAGCGACUCCCCAGUCCUGAUAGAAGGACGUCUGCCCUAAUCCAUUUACUCGGACUGGCCAGUUUCCUUUCCUCCUUCAAAUUUCUUAUCGAGAACCCUAAUCACGCCUCCGAGGGAUUUGGCUGGCACUUUGUUUUCUUGACGAUCAUCGGUCUCGCGUUAUCAACAUGCACGUUCACCGUCGGUCUAUUAGCAGAUGUGACUCUUUCGCGACGACUCUUUUUGUUGAAGAAUAUACUGUCAGUGUGUAGUGCGCCGCUGGAGGUCUUGAUUAGUGUUUUAUACUGGGGCAUCAGAUCGAUUGACCCUCAUCUGGUGGUUCCUCCCGAUGAAUUGAAGAUUCCCUUCCACGUUGACCUAGGAUUUCAUCUUGUUCCUAGCAUCGUCAUGCUUUUCGACAUUCUUUUCCUCUCCCCUCCCUGGACAAUCACUGCCCUUCCAUCAAUGGCUCUAUCAAGUUGCAUUGCCUUUGGAUACUGGUUCUGGAUUGAGAAAUGCUAUUCCGUGAAUGGGUGGUAUCCCUAUCCACUUUUCGAAAUACUUGAUAUGAAAGGGCGUGUUGCACUCUUUACGGUCAGUGCCUUCUUGAUGGCUGUUAACAUAGUGACACUGAAAUGGCUCUACGGUCGUGUUAAUGGGUUCGGGAGAUUGGAGUAUCCGCAAGCACAAUCGGGGCAGGUCAGGAAGGGGGAUUAUCAAAAUUGAAAGCUCUCGAUGUGGGAUAGGACUAAUAACAUGGACGGCCGUCUCUUGCGUCCCUUUUGCAACUACUUGGGCAAAAAGAUUAAAGAAGAGAGUAUUUCUGCAUUUAAGUAGAUUUGUGGUUGCAGAGAUGACUGACAGUUCGCUUCAUCGUAGAUCAUGGGACGGCAUCUGCAGUCAGAAGGAGAAUCCGCAUUUUUUCUACAUAGUACAGUACCUGGCUAACUCACCACUGUAGAUAGAUG